AUCGUAAUUGAUUUUCCAAUUCUGUGCAGCACUUUUCUGAAAAGGGCCUGCAACGAUGUCAGAGAGGAAGCCCAAAAACUCGGACACACGUCCCAAGAACCUGCGGAGCUGGAGUGCUGAUAGUUACAUCCGCAGUAUUAAAAAACGCUCCCGAGGGUCACGCCAUGAGACAGCGCCCAGAGGGGAAGAUGGGGAAGGAACAGACGACCAGGGCGUACGCUCUGCCUCUUGUCCUCGGAGACGUCGAGAGCGAAAGUGCAGCUGCACGAUCCCUGGAGAGCCAGAUUCAGACUCUCCUUGCAGGAAAGGUCUGUCCCGUCGUUCCCUGAGGCAGAAGUUUCAGGAUGCCGUUGGCCAGUGCCUUCCUCUUCGCAACCACCACCACCACCACCACCACCAUCAUCACCAGUCCGGGGCCUCACGCCCGUUCUCUGUCCUCCUUUGGUCUAAACGGAAGAUUCAUGUGUCCGAGCUCAUGGAGGACAAGUGUCCGUUCUCUCCGAAAUCUGAACUGGCUCAGUGUUGGCAUCUGAUCAAGAGCCACGGCGCUCACACCAAACCCGCUUUAAGCAUCGAAACCGAACCCAAAGGUCCCUUGUUGUCCUCCUCACCUCCAGCGCUCAUUUCCUGGGAGGAGAUCAACUCAUCCGGGGCUUCUAGUCUGGAUGACUGGGAUCCGUCUUUUGCACAUGGAGACGCCCAGUGCUGCGCCCACACUGACUACAUCCUGGUUCCAGAUCUGCUUCAGAUCAACAACAGCCCCUGUUAUUGGGGGGUCCUGGAUCGUUUCGAAGCUGAGCAGCUUUUGGAAGGACAACCAGAAGGAACCUUUCUGCUACGAGACUCUGCCCAGGACGAAUACCUCUUCUCGGUUAGCUUCAGGCGCUAUAGCCGCUCCCUCCACGCUCGGAUAGAGCAAAACGGGAAGCGCUUUAGCUUUGAUGGCCGUGACCCUUGCAUGUACAGAGAUUCCAGCGUCACGGGCCUACUAAAGCACUACAGUGACCCAGCCAGCUGCCUGUUUUUUGAGCCUCUUCUCUCUCGCCCUCUUCCUAGGAACUUUCCGUUCUCUCUGCAGCACAUGUGCAGGGCGGUCAUCUGUAGCUGUACAACGUAUCAGGGCAUUGAUGCUUUGCCAUUACCCUACACUUUGAGACACUUCCUUAGGCAAUACCACUAUCGGUGCAAUGGAGCUUGUGCUGUUUAAAAACUGUGACAGAAAUGGGACGAAACUACA